UGUGGUUGUCUUGGGGAGUGUAAAUGUUUGUUAUUGCCAAAUAAUUGUGGCUACUGUGACAACUCGGCUCGCUCGGUCGCCGCCAUAUUGGCUCCUGUCGCUCUCCAAUGUACUCCAAAUAAUCAAAUCGUCAAAACGAGACAUUCGCGGCCGUUUAUGUGCCUGAAAGGCUUGAUUUCGUCGCCGAAAUUUCCGCAUUUAGCCUGCGCUGACUUCCGCGAGCCUCGAGACGCCGACGGCCAGCCCUGACUAAGCUUGCUGAAAAGGCGGACGAAUAUUCGAGAAUACGUCGAAACUUCAUUGCUUUAAUGCAUUGAGGAGCAGAAGAGGACAGCACCAUGAGCCAUUAGCUUCACUCGCUACAUUCGCAUAAUUCGCCUCUGAUACUCACAGUGACCUGUCGUGCCCCAGUCGUCACCAUGACAUCCUCCAUGCUGCGCAGACAGCUGAAGAACCUGGUCCAGAACUACUCUGAGGCCGAGGUCAAGGUUCGAGAAGCCACGUCCAAUGACCCGUGGGGCCCGUCCAGCUCUCAGAUGGCCGACAUCUCUGACCUGACCUACAACGUGGUGGCCUGCAACGAGAUCAUGACCAUGCUGUGGAAGCGGCUCAAGGAUGACAGGAACUGGCGACACAUCCACAAGUCGCUGACGCUGCUAGAGUACUUGCUGAAGACGGGUGAUGACCGCGUGCUCCUCAAGAUGAAAGACAACAUUUACAUCGUCAAAGCCCUCACCGAGUACCGAUUUGUGGAGAAAGACGGCAAGGAUCAGGGUACAAAUGUUCGAGAAAAGGCCAAAGUUGUGCUGGUCCUGAUGGAGGACGAUGACAAAUUAAAGGAGGAGCGAGACUUUGCUGUCAAGACCCGAGAGAAGACAUCCAAAGGUUCCACAGCCUCAUCCUCGGACGCCGUCAAGGACCCCAGCUACAAGCCGUGCUACGUUCCCGGCACCUCGGGGCUACCAUCGCUGGACAACAUUCCCUCGGUGGCCGACCUCACCGCUUCCUUCGCCGCCCGCAAGGAGGAACGCCUCAAGCAGGAGCAGGAGAAAAAAGAGGCGGAAAGGCGGGCCCAAAUGUCCGAAGACGAGCUGAAAUGGGAAGAUGCUGGAAAAGGAGGAGCUGUUGCCAAUCAGGCCUGGUCCGGUGAGAAGAUGGAGGAGGACGGAGAGGAAGAAGCCAAGCCUGACCCCUGGGGGGAUUCCGAUCGUUGGGGCGAAUGCUCCAAACCCGACGUGUCAGAUUCAGCACCUGCUACAAGUGGUGACAAUUCUUUAGAGUCUGCCAGCGCUCAAAUUUCCGACAAGCAAGACCCACCUUGUCAUCCUUUGAAAGCACAAACGGGUCCACAAGACCCUUUUAUGGCACAAAAUGGCGGCCCGCAACGCGCAGAAUCCUUUGAAGGCCAGCCCAAAAACCAAGAGGAUCCCUUCACCUCUUCCAAUAAUGACCCCUUCAACACACCUAAAGAUGACCCCUUUAAUGCACCUAAAAAUGACCCCUUCAGUGCAGCCAAAAAUGACCCCUUCAAUGCCCCCAAAGAGGACCCUUUCAACACCCCCAAAGAGGACCCCUUUAAUGCACCUAAAAAUGACCCCUUUAGUGCAGCCAAAAAUGACCCCUUCAAUGCCCCCAAAGACGAUCCUUUCACCGCCCCCAAAGACGACCCCUUCAACGCACCCAAAGAUGACCCGUUCACCGCCCCAAAAGACGACCCUUUCAACGCACCUAAAAAUGACCCCUUCAACGCCCCAAAAGAGGACCCAUUUAAUACUCCAAAGGACCACCCUUUUGACACCCCGAAAAAUGAUCCGUUCAACGCCCCCAAAAACGACAAGGUUAACAGCCCCAAGGAUGACCCAUUUGGCACCCCAAAAGACGAUCCCUUCUUCAGCGCCCCAAAAGAUGACCCAUUCGCAGCUCCUCAAGUAUCAACUUCCCGUGAAGAAGGUCCACCGACUGGCCCCACUACACCCCCAAAAGACGACCCCUUCAAAACCCCGCAAGAUGACCCUUUCUCUGCAGCCAGUGUAGCCGCUGAAGCAACAGCGCCUCCUAAGGAUGACCCUUUUGCCACUUCGUCUGAAAAGGACCCUUUUUCCGCCCCCCUGACGCCACCCAAAGAAGAAGAAGGCAGGUCGUCCGAUCCCUUCGCCGCGCUUCCGCUGAGCUCGUCCCGAAGCGCAGGUGACGGCUGGGGAGCUGCCUCCGACUUGGCGCCCCCUGCUGGCUCGGAUCCAUGGGGAGGCAGUGGCGUGUCUUCGCCUGUUGAUGAUUGCGAUCCCUUUGGGGACACCUCCAAAGCCCGAAAUGACCCCUGGGGGACGCCAGGUUGUGAGGGUUGUGCUGUUGCCAAAGAUGCGUGGGAGGCUCCGAAAGCUCCCUCCCCAACCAGCGACCCCUUUGGAGACUCCAAAAGAAGAGCAGGCGCAGAAAACUCCUUUUAGAAUAUCAACUCAGCCAGAGAAGGCGUUGCUUUUCGGGCUCGGCGGCGAGUGGGCGGGGCUUCAGAACCCAGCCCGCCAAAAAACUGCGCACCCUGCCCAGCAUGCCCAAUAUGCCCUCUCAUUGCCCCCCUGCCCCAGGAACAAGAAUACCCCCCCCCCCACACACACACACACACAAACACACACACACACACUACUUGACGAGUGUUGUCAUGGUUUCCAGGUUCCAUAGUUACGGUCAUGUGACAGGCAGGGGCGGCGGAGGCGCUACAACCCAUGGGUAUUCAUCAGUAGUUAAUUUGUUUGGCUCCUCCCUCUCUGUGUUUUGUAGUUUGUGUGUGUGUGGGUAUGUGUGCGUGCAUGUAGUAUAGUGUAGUUGUUGCGUGUGUUGACUUGCUGUUAGCAAUAGCAUUACGCUAACUCUUCACCCCUCCCUGCUUGGGUAGAUUGUCCACUUGAUGAUGGCAUGAUCAGACUGCAUUGAUGUGAAUACCCCCCCAUACGUACAGUAUGCACACACACUGUACUUGUGUGUGUGUGUGUGUGUGUGUGUGCUGAUAUAAUGCAAAACGAACCUUCAAGUCAAGUGUAAAUACAACAAAAAUUAUUUAGCUAUUUAUAGCUUGAAUAUUUAUUCACGUGACCGAGGAGCAAAAAUGAAAAGUUCAGGUUGGAGGUGUUGUUGACCGCGAGGAUGAUGAUCAGACCCAUCAGCAGAUCCGUCGGGGUAGGCGGUCUCCUAUGGCCCGCCCUAGGUGACAGGUCAGAUGAUGAUUAUGGUGACAAUGGGCAAUGACAUGGAACAGGAUUUCAUGAGAAAUCAUCUCAGUAACCAGCCGUGUCUUUAUUAUAUGUCUUUUGUUAAUCCUUUCACUUUGUCAACUCCUUGCUCUGUGUGCGCGUGCGCGCCUGUGUGAGACGUCGUCCCAAGGCACCAAGUAGCAAUCAAAUCAAGCGAUGAAGUGAAAUAAAUUCGCCAUUCAAAUGAUGACCCGAUAAACACCAACACAAAUGAACGUUAAUCGAAGAAGACUCACAAAAGAACUGCCAAAUGAAAUCAUCUGCUUUUCAUCAAUUUCAAAUGAAAACAUGUUUUUGCAGUGUACGUGUGUGCGUGGCCGUGCGCGCACGUGAUGUAUGAAUUAACGUAUACGGGAUGCAUUUAUUUAUAUACGUAUGUCUGUAUUUAUAUUUGAAUUGUUUUCUCCCGUUAGAAGACGUUUCUAUCUGUGACCACGAGAGGGAGACAAAGAUGUGACGUAUGGGCAGAAAAAAAUUAGAUGAGUAAUAGCAUAUAUUCUUAUUUCUAUCCAGUAAUGGCAUCGAAAUGUUUGCUUGGGUGUUUGUAACUUAUUUUUUCUUUGACUUGAUGGCAGAUGAAGUAUUGACAAACAUUUCUGUGUGUGUGCGCGUGAUGUACAUUAAGAUGUAUUUAUUAUUGUGAUGUAAAUAGUGACCUGAUUAUGUUGGAUAUUAUUAAUAAUGAUUAUGCUCACAAGUAACUAUUUAUUCAUUGAAUGAAUAUCCAUCAGUUCGGCAAACUUCAGAUUGUUCUUGUUUUGGACCUAAAAGUGAUGAUGAGAAUGAUGAUGUCAUGCUUAUGAUAAAUCAAGUCAGUAAUCAAAAGUGUC